CAUGGUUCCAGGUAGCAGGAGGUCCGCGCCGGUGCGACGUCAACGCAGCCGGCUGAGCUACCCUGACCUGUAUACCGCGGGCGGGCCCCGGCUGAGUCCUCCGAGGGCCCGGGUCGGACGGUUUGCUGGGUCCUUGUGCAGCCGCCAUGGACAACUCCGGGAAGGAAGCGGAGGCGACGGCGCUGCUGGCUGAGGCCGAGCGCAAAGUGAAGAACUCGCAAUCCUUCUUCUCGGGCCUCUUUGGAGGCUCAUCGAAAAUAGAGGAGGCCUGCGAAAUCUACGCCAGAGCAGCAAACAUGUUCAAAAUGGCCAAAAACUGGAGUGCUGCUGGAAAUGCUUUCUGCCAGGCGGCCCAGCUGCAUCUGCAGCUCCAGAGCAAGCACGACGCGGCCACCUGCUUUGUGGAUGCCGGCAACGCGUUCAAGAAAGCUGACCCCCAAGAGGCCAUUAACUGUCUGAUGAGAGCAAUCGAGAUCUAUACAGACAUGGGCCGAUUCACGAUCGCGGCCAAGCACCACAUCUCCAUCGCGGAGAUCUACGAGACGGAGAUGGUGGACAUCGAGAAGGCCAUCGCCCACUACGAGCAGUCGGCAGACUACUACAAGGGCGAGGAGUCCAACAGCUCAGCCAACAAGUGUCUCCUGAAGGUGGCCGGUUACGCCGCGCAGCUGGAGCAGUAUCAGAAGGCCAUUGACAUCUACGAGCAGGUGGGGACCAAUGCGAUGGACAGUCCCCUCCUCAAGUACAGCGCCAAGGACUACUUCUUCAAAGCGGCCCUCUGCCACUUCUGUAUCGACAUGCUCAAUGCCAAGCUUGCUGUCCAGAAGUAUGAGGAGCUGUUCCCCGCCUUCUCCGACUCCCGGGAGUACAAGCUGAUGCAAAAAUUGCUAGAAGCCCACGAAGAGCAGAAUGUGGACAGCUACACCGAGGCGGUGAAGGAGUACGACUCCAUCUCCCGGCUGGACCAGUGGCUGACCACCAUGCUGCUGCGCAUCAAGAAGACCAUCCAGGGCGACGGGGAGGACUUGCGCUAAGCCCCACCCAGCCCCCGGUGCCUGUCUUCCUGCACCUCUGCUCUCCCCUGCAGCCCCUCCAGCACCAACACAGCGUGAGCCCAGAGAGACGUGGCCCAGGACCUUGGCUGGGACCUUCCCUCCUUCCCCCCCAGGCGUCUCACAGGCCAAGUGCAGGCUCCGCACUGUUGCGCGGCUCCUGAGGCCCAGCCUGCUAGCUGUGGACAGUCACCCUCUGUGCUCGAUGCACCCUUCCCCAUGCCCAUUUAUUUAAGCCCCAAAGACAUCGUAUUCGACCCCAAAAUACAAAAUCUGUGAUACAGACCUGUUUGCUGUGGGUGCCGCCCUGGAGGGUAGGGGUGGGGCGGUCAGCAUCUGAGCCCCGUCUCCUGACCCCUGAGGCGUGAGGUUGGUGUCCAUCUCCCCACCUCUGUUCCCCCGCCGAGCUCGGAGCACAUGGAGCUGCUGAGGUUGCUCUCGCCGCUGGGAGUGGGCCCCUUCUCCCCACACCUCCUGCAGCCCCGCCCUCCUGGGAGAGACCCCAGGCCCUGGAGCUCGGGUCAUCCUGCACCCACCCCACAUCUGCUCCUGUCCUCGUGCUUUGAGGUUUGGUCGGUCGGAAGCUGUAGCUGGCCCCAAGAAGAGAAUAAAAACCAGUACUUUU